AUAUCCUACGAUAGGAAAUUCGUUGCGAAAAAAAGUCUUGAAUAUCAAUAGUCUGUAAACGGAGAGUCGGAUGCUUUCUGUUGGAAAUCGAUACAUGUUCCCAUACAAGUAAUAACUCUACUCUUAAUGCCGCUUUGUUGGUGUUGACAUUGUGUUGUUGAAAAAAUGAGGAAUAUGGAGACGCUUUGAAACAAAGGAGAUUAUUUCUAAUUAAAAUUUCACAAAAUAAUGGCGGAUGCAGAAAAUGACGUAACAGAAACGCCCUCUUCUGUGCAUCAAGAGGAAACGCUUGCAGACGAUGAGGACACUUAUGAAGCAGACGACAUUUCGGUGGUGGAAAACAUCGCGGAAACCGAUGACAUUGCUUCUUCUACGCAGCAAAAUGAAGACAGUUUCAAAAUCGUUGCUGCCAUUGAUUUUGGUACAACUUUUAGCGGGUAUGCUUACUCUUUCGCAGACGAGUGUGAUAAAAUUUACACAAAUAAAAACUGGGGACAAACGCAAGGGUUUCUUCUGCAUAAAACUCCAACAUGCCUUCUUUUGAGGCCCGACGCGGAAUUUGAGGCAUUCGGCUUUGAGGCUGUGUCGAAGUAUAAUGAUCUAACGGAGGAAGAGGCGGAUGAAUACUUUUAUUUUGACCGAUUCAAGAUGAAACUAUUCGAUAACAAGGACCUACAUACUGAUAUUCUGCUAGAAGACGCAAAAGGCAAACAACAACCAGCAGUAGAUGUCUUUGCAAAAUCACUCUAUUAUAUGAAAGAACAUCUACUUAGAGCUAUGAAAACUAAUCUUGGGCUCGAUCCUGACCCUCUGUCCGUUCGAUGGGUGCUAACAGUGCCAGCUAUCUGGGAUGAAAAUUCAAAACAAUUCAUGAGGGAAGCAGCUCAUAGGGGUGGAUUGAUAGAUACUCUCUACAGCAACCAGUUAGUUAUCGCCCUUGAACCGGAAGCUGCGUCACUUUAUUGCCGAACACUUCCGGUUAGCACAUUCAUGUCAACUGCCGACGAUGCUACAAAACCGUGUUUCGAGUCUGGCACAAAAUACCUCGUCGUUGAUGCCGGAGGUGGAACUAUAGAUAUCGUUGCACAUAAGGUUAGAAAAGAUGGCCGCAUUAAAGAAUUGUUUCGAGCAACAGGUGGCGCAUGGGGAGGUACCAUGAUCGACAAUCAAUUCCUGAAUCUUCUAAACAAGAUAUUCGGUGACGACUUCAUGCAAGCAUUCCAGAAUGAAUUUCCAAAAGACUUUGUUGAACUACUUCAAGACUUUGAAAUCAAGAAAAGAGGCGAAUGUGAAAGCAUUAGGGUUUCUUUACCGUAUAACUUUUGUAACUACAGACAUUUAGGUCGAUCUGUGCAAGAAUGCAUUAAACAGUUUGCCGCGCAAGCGGAAGCGGAAAUAAAAUUCUCGUCUGGUAAACUUGUGAUGUCAGCAGCUGUGGUGAACGAGCUGUUUCAAGAUGCACUGGUACAAAUAAACGACCAUUUACAAUCAUUAAUGAAGAAAACAAGAUUGAAAGACGUCAGAUAUAUAUUUCUAGUCGGCGGAUUUGCCGAGUCAAGUAGACUACAAAGAGCCAUCAAGGACGAGUUUAGUAGCGAAACCGUAAGUGUCCUUAUACCGGAAGAAGCUAGUUUAGCCGUUGUAAGGGGAGCCGUGGCCUUUGGUAGGGAUCCAAGCUCAAUAUGCCAAAGAAUAUGUAGGUUCACGUAUGGUGUCGGUUCUUAUCUGCCCUUUGAAGAGGGCGUUCACAGACCAGAUUUGAAAGUAGAAUCUGAUGGAAUGACUUUAUGUAAAAAUAUUUUACAAAUUUGGGCGGAAACUGGAGAGGUCAUAGGGCAUAACGAGAUUUGGAAGGAAACGUACACACCUAUUAUAACAAACCAAAAAGGUAUUAUAUUUGAGUUCUACAAGUCAUCCAAAAGAAAAGUAAAAUACACUGACGAGGAAGGCGUCUCCAAAUGCGGAUGCUUGGUUGUUGAGAUGCCGGAUAUGACAGGAGACAAGUCUCGUUCCGUUGACCUUGAGGUCAUAUUUGGGGGGACUGAAAUCCGAGUCGUUGGCUACGACCAUACAAGUAAUACAACAAGAGAAACAUACAUUGAUUUCCUAGCUUCAUGAAAUAAUGCGCCUGACUGAUUGAGACCCAAUCGUACAGAGAUGUCUUUUUAUCUUGUUCAUUUUCAGUGGAAAUAUAUACCCUGAUCAGAUAUACCUUUAUCCAUUCAGAAUGUGCUGACUUAAUGUGUGUUUCCAUUUGUAAUGCUUAAUUAAUACGCUAUGCCGUGUAGCUUUUUGGAUGUUUGGAUGUUGCAAAAUUUAAGAAUGCAAAAUCUACCGCUAACAUUUUUUGCUCAAGAUGACUUAGGAAAAGGUUUUAAAUAGUUCAAAUUUUGAAUACAGUCAAACUUGUCUUGAGCAAGUCCGAGAAACCAUGAACAGAAAAAAAUCUUGAUGAAUUUUAGACGGUUUACUGAGAUUCUUUACAUAUGUGUUUACUGCAUAAAAUGGAUUAUUGUAAAUUUACCAAUCCAGAGCAAGUUUUUAACAGUUUCAUUGCCAAUGGUACUAUAGCUUUGUCCAGAAUAUAUCCGUGAUUUCAAUGAUAGACGCAAUAAGUAUAUUGUUGUCGGUCUCUAAGUUGCAUUUAUGUGAAUGUUAUAAUGAUAUAUAUUUACUGUUGUUUUAUUUGUUUGUUUGUUGUUGUUGUUGUUGUUGUUGUAUGACCUAUACCUCUGUAUGAACACUUGUGAUUUUCUUUACGAUAGAUGUUUUCUAUACUUUAUGUUAAAUGUUUUCUGUUUUAUUUUCGUUUCAAUGUGUCCAUGUUUUGAAAUGAAAUAAGAUAUGUAUGCGUAUAAAAUGCAAUGUUCAUGUUUAUUUCUUAACAUAUAAUAAAGGUGUGGAAAAUAUAA